AGCGGUCCACACGUGAAAAAUGGCGGAAUUCGUUGCUCCAACGAUACGCAUGCGCGAGGACUAAUUUCCUGUUCCGGUUUAAAAUUUGAGGAGGAAACUUUUAAAAAGUUCAGAAAUUCUUAUUUUAUAGCCAUAAAUGUCCAUAAUACUGAUGAUAUCCUGACUUGAUCUGUUGUUCUACAUACUUUCCUUGUUUUUAAUAUGGACGAAGAUGGCUUGCCUAUCGUUGGAACUGGAAUUGAUCUGUCUAAGGUCGGGGCAAUCAACCAGAAAAGAACACUCGCCUUCCUGAACCAUUUUAUCACACAUACUGUACGAUUCCUCAAUCGGUUUUCCUGCGUCUGUGAAGAUAAACUUGAGCAUCUUACAGUUAGGAUUCAGCGACUUGAAACAACGAUGAGUGUCCUUGAAGCAAAGCUUUCUUCUAUUCCUGGCUUAGAAAAUGUGACAUUAGCAAAUAGUGGCAGUUCUACUCAAAGUGCCGCAACCCCUGCAGCUCCUGCUGCUUCAGCAACCCCAGCUGGAGAAGGUCCAGUUGCUCCCCCAGCUGCCCAGGCAGAAGAAACUAGCACAGCACCUGCAGCACCCGAAGAACCAGAACAAAGCAGCACCCCAGUAUCAAAAGAUCCAAGAUAUCAAAAGUAUUUUAAAAUGGUUAACAUGGGCGUCCAUGAGCAGGCUGUAAAGAUGAAAAUGAAGACUGAAGGGGUAGAUCCAGAUUUAUUAGAUGACCCUAAUGCUCCUGCCCCACCAGCAGAUGACAACAGUGACUCUGACUUUAGUAACAAUGAUAGUGACAGUGAUGAUGAUUUCAGUGAUUAAGGGGGGAGAUGUCUAUUGAAAGUUCCACACAAAAUUCCACACAUUUUAUCAACUCCUUGAACCAUUCCUGAAAGCAAAACUGACAGUGUGAAACAUUUUAAAUUGAAAAAAAUGUAUCUUCUAUAGUAACAAAACAGGCUUUUCAUAACUAAUCAAAUAAACAAAUUUGAAUGUGUAGAAUUUAUAAUUUAUCCUUGGGCCAAUCAGUGAGGAUACAAAGGGAAUGCUUGAAGCUCAAAUGUUUUUAUGUGAUUAUAAAUUUGAGUCAAAUUGUAAUAUAUUUUGGAUGAGCACCACCAUAUUUGGCCAUAUAAAUGUAAAAUGAACGUACAGAAACCUGUGUAAAUGGAACACUUUUUGGAGCCCUGUGACAAAUUGAAUGUUAAAUGAACCUCUAUAGUGGAACACCUCUCCUAAAGGUACAAAUUGAAUUCCACUUACACAGGUUUAAC